AUGGUCACGGUGCUGGCCACGGCUGCAACUGGCAAUGUAGCUAUGGCUAGUCGUGUCUGGCCGACAGCGUCGGGUGGUAGCCUUGACGGGGCGGCGGCGACCGAUGGAUUGCAAGAAGCGACGCCUCUUAUUCAGGCUAAGUUCCCACACAUAUUGCCAAAUUUGAUCCUGUCUGAAAUCGAGGAAGAUGAUAUGCUGGUUAUCAUCCAUUGUUGGCGCCUGGUGCCGAAGCUUGCAGGUCUGAUGAGAUGUGGGAAGAGUUGCAGAUUGAGAUGGACUAAUUACCUUCGUCCUCACCUCAAACGAGGAGCCAUUUCUCAAGAAGAAGAGGACCAAAUCAUCCAACUUCAUUCGCGCUUCGGUAACCGGUGGUCCAAGAUAGCAUCGCAUUUCCCUGGCCGCACUGACAAUGAAAUCAAGAACCACUGGAACAUCCGGAUCAAGAGAGAUUUAAACUCCAGGACUCGAAUCUAG